CUCAGAAGGUGUAGAACUAAUGGCGACUCUUUUCCUUGGCGCUAUACGUAAAUGGACGUCGUGAUUGUGACAGAAGUGAGACGAAUUAAAUAUUAUUAAACGCAACUCAAUCUCAACUGCACAGCCUCAAAGGCAUUUAUAUCCUUUCUAAUUAAGAAGUCUACUGCUCCAGAAUGCAGUCUCACCAAUGUCUUAUACAAUUCCGAUGAUGUGUCCGGAGAUGCAAAUGGGGAGAGAGAGGAAUGAAAAAGAGAAAAAAGAAUUUUUGGAACUGUGAGGUACUAAACACUGCAGUUGCUCCUAAAUCCAAUUAACAAUCUAUAACUUCUUGGGUCUACUGCAAUGGUACUGUUGCGGAAAAGGAUUCUGCAUUUCUCAGUAAGAACUUGGUCAACUCAACCUUCCCCUUCGGUUAUUGUCAAUUGCAGGUAAAUUGUAGGAGUGUAACAUGGAACAGCAGGUGUUCUCAACAUCUCUGAGUGGCAUCAGCAAUUCUACAUCUUCUAUUGAUCCAGCUAUCUUGUACACCCAUUGGUCUGUGUUUGCUGAUGAUGGAAUACCUCCGGCUGUUUUUCACGAUGGUCCGAAACAGAGAGCCCAGAUUAAUUUAUCAGAUUCUGGGAAUACUCCUGAUUUACUUGGACUGGUCUCCAGUAUACUGGAUGAGCCCGAUAAGCCAGAGUCAUUUUCUGAUUGGGGUUCAUCCUCCAGAGUAUUUCAAUCAAUUUGGUCCACUGCAAAUGGAGAUGGUCCUGGAUCAGCUUUGAAAAACCAAAUAGAAAAUGGUAGAACUUCAAAUAGCAUGGGGAUUUCUGAAUAUUAUGAAGAAAACUCUCAGACAUUGGCAGAAAAAGGAAAAGCCGAUGAAUUUUAUCAAGGAUUUCAAAGGUUUAAUCUUUCAGAACCAUGGAUUUCCAUGCUUAAUAAAGAUACUGACCUGUGCGACUCUCAAGCCAGUAAUGUCACAUCUGUAGUGAGAAAUGACACUGUGCCUCAGAAAGAAGAGUUUUCCUUGCAGUCCAAGGAAUUUGAUUGCUGCUUACAAAAUUAUGAGGAAGUUGAGAGGGGAGUUUCCAAUUUUAAUAUACGUAGCUUCCCUAAUAAUACAAAUACAUGCAAAGAACACUACAAAAUUGACCAAUUUAGAGAGAAUAAAGUUGGAGCAUUUGGGAUCAAAGAUUGUACCCGGAAUUCAGAAAAUAUAUACAAUUCACGUGUUGGUGAUACAUGGGGCAAAGUGUUGCAGGAGAAACAACUAAUUCAAAAACGACGUGAAGAUUUCAGUGCCAGUUCUUUGAAGAAAAACUCUUCUGUUUCACGAAUGGAUUUCCAUAGCUUGCAGUUUCCCAAAAAGAAUGGCUUUAUUGCUGAUGUCAACAGAAAACCUGCUUUUGACUUUCCAAAACAUCGAAACCAUGCUCGUAUGUUUCGAGACAAUUUUGAGAAUCAUUGUGAAAAGUUGAAUCAGAGUUGUUUAGAUGGUCUUGCUAGGUCAUCUGAAUAUAUUAAUUUGACAAAGGUUAUGCCACAUAGGAGUGAAUAUGGCCCUCAUUCUUCCCAAAGUAACCUGCUAUGGUCUGAUAGCAACACAAUGAACCCCACUGGUGAACCUAGUCCUGUGUUUAAGAAAGAUGGCAACAUUAUUCCAACAACUUCAGAAACAUCAAUUAUAUCUGCUGUAAGUAGCAGGUCUCCAAUACAGUUGCCAAUAUCUGGUGUUUUUCAACCUAAUUAUUAUCAUCCAGCAGCUCCAGUGGAAUCCUUGAGGCAAGAUGAAUGUCUCAGGUUUUCUAGUGGUAAUAUCAGUGAUUGGAAUUCAUCCAAUGUUGUUGGUAAAAUACAAGAGCCUGGUACAAUACUUAAUAUUGAUUCUUCAGCUGCCAGAGAUGAUCAACAUCAAAAACAUUCUGUUGGACUUGGAACCAGUUGGACAUCACAUCACAAUGUUGGUAAUGAUGAGCCAGUUAAAUAUUUUAGAUAUUCUAAUAAACAUGGAUACAAUAACAACAGGGAUGACAAGGCAGGACGCAAAAAUAUAUAUCCACAUCCUUUGAACUCUGGACCUUUUGGACAAAACCACCAACAGUGUAAUGGUUACCGCAGACAACAUGAGCAAGAUAAUAGCAAUAUAUCUGAUUUCAUUAAUCAUUCUUUCUUACCCACAUUCCCAUUCAUGAUGUCUGAUUUUAAGCAAAAUCAGAACUUCUCCCAGUUUGGCCCCCAUGGAUUUCCUUCAGGUUUUUCUUUUCCUCAUACAACAUUUCCAUUCCCUGAGUUAAUUGACUUUUUUCAUUAUGAUGACUUUAAUCAUUUACAUCCUUUUAUAAAUGAUUUUUUUGGCGGAGAUAUGACCACACCCUACUUUGGAUUUGGAUUUCCACCACCAUUUUCCAAAUACAGACCUAUGAAGAAUCGUAGUGGCCCAGCAAAUGAACUUCACAUUCGAUUGGAAGAAUGUUAUGAACAGUGGCGGGCUUUGGAAAAAGAGAGAAAAAAGACUGAAGCUGAGCUUGCGAGAAAUUUUCCUGGAAAGCGAGUGUCCAGUUCAAACAAUACUCCUAUACCUCGCCUGCCUUCCAAUCCUUCAAGAGUAGAUCGUUUAAUUGUUGAUCAGUUACGUGAACAAGCAAGGGUCUUGACUUUGCUUGGCAAAAUGGAACGUCUCCAAAGUUCUCCAGUCCAUGCUAAUAUAUCUACAGCUCUCGAUUGUCAUUUGGAAGCUAUUCAUUUUACACAAGCACGUCGUAAAGAUGAAAUAAUUAAUGCAGCAAAUCGUCAGAGACAAGGAGCACCUCGUUACAAUGAUGACAAGGAUGUUUUGGCCCUGGCAGCUGCCAUUAAGGAUCUCACCAUUUCAACACGAAAGGCUCGCACUGCUCUCUGGUGUGCUCUGCAGAUGACCUUACCAGAAAUUUCCCUGGGAGCUUUGGUCAAGCAUACUGAAAUUGAAAAAGCACUAAAGGAGUUGUGUCAAGGAGGUGCUACCAGAAAUGAAGAUGAAGUAGUCACUGAAGAGAAAAAAAAUGAAGUCUGAAUCAGAUCAUUCUGGAUGUGCAGCAAUAAAGAGAGAAAUAUGCUACAAAGAAAAGUGACACCUUAAAAUGCAGCAGCUGUUGUGAAUUGUGUUAUGGUAUAUUUCAAACAGUGGGUGGAGUCUUCAAAGUAGUAUUGUUUGUAUUGUGUUAAUUCUAAGAUUAACAAUAAACCACCUAUUAAAUAAUUUGGUUAUCUGAGUGGUAAGGGAAAGCUGCAAUCUGAGAAGAGAUUGGAAGAGGAAUAUGGAAGUGAUAACUUGGGUUAUUGGUGUCUAACAAAAUCUUAAUUGUUGUUUUCAGUCAUUUCAGUAAAAAAAAUUGUCAUCAGUUCUUUUUGCAGCAUUGAACCAUUUCUGCUGCUUUUGGCAUUUUGGUAUAAAUUCUUUCUGAAAUUUAGGCUCUAUUGUUCAUUGUCAGAUGAUAAUCAUGCAGUUCAGAAGAUCGCACCAAAUUUUGUGUGUAAGUGAAGAGGGAUUAAAUAAUGCUGUUUAUUUUCUUAUUGAUGAAAUAAGAAUGUGAAAUUUAGUGAAUAAGAAAUGAAAUUCAGAGUCUCUGACAAUGCAAAAAAUAUGUAGUACUGUUAGUAAUUUUAUGUAUCACCUAUAUGAGUUUGGUUUUGUCACAGCUAAGUUUUGUAAAGAAACUUUUGUCAUUUACCCCAUUAUCUAAAAUGCAGUAUAAUUUCUCCUAUAUUUAGGUUUUUGAAACAAUUUAUGAAUGUUUUACAGUUAUGUAGUAUAUUCUUAAUUACUGCUUUAGGUUAUAGAAAAGUUAUUGGAAACUGCAAAAAAAAAACCUGAUCAGGUUUGAUAAGUGCCAAUGACAGAGACAUAUAAAAAAAGAACUUGUGCUGGAAAAAAAAAUCUUAAUUUUAUUUGACAUGAAGUUUAUUCAAAUCCUAAAUUUAGGUUGGGCUCUGGAACUUUGGAGCACUACUAUCCAUUUUCCAUGGUAUUGUGUCAUUUGCUAAACAGGAUUGAGGAAGCUUAGGUGUUUAAAAAAAAGACAAUGUUUUAAAUAACUGAACACUUCCAAUCAUUCCUGAUUACCUUUAAUUCCUCUUUCUAUAUUGUUGAAUAGUUCAUAUUGUAAUAACACACGCAACCUCCUCAGAACCAAAAACUGGACUACUUGGCAAAGGAGAUCUUGCUUAUUCAAUUUGCUAACAGUAUUUUCAUUACUCAGUAAUUAAGAUGUUGCAGCAUUAUAUAUUUAACAGAUCUAUUAAAUCGUUUGUUCAAGGAAACUCAGUUAUGUGCUUGUAUGUCUAAGAACAUUUUAAUUACUUCUGCCAAGUACUUAAAAGUAGUCAUUGGAUGGACCGAAUUGCCUAAUUCUGCUCCUAUAUCUAUGGUCGUCCAGUUUAUAACACAGUAUAUUAUUCAGUUAUAUAGCUCUUUUCAGAGAUAAAGAAACUGAAGAACCUCUACAUGUGGCUUUAACACCUACACUUAAAACUAUCUAAGUAUUUUCUUAUUAGCUUCAGGACUCAGUUCACAAAUAGCUGCAUUCUUUAACUUAGGUAGGAAUGUUAUUAUGAACAGCAGUUUUCCAGAAUGUACCUAAUGAUGGUUAACAGCCUGUGAAACCUAUGUAGCAUUUACCAUUUAUUCGUAUGACGAAAAAUCCAGCUAGGAGCCUCAUCUUCUCAAAAUAGUUUUUAACUUUGUGAACUUCCUUUGUGUGAAUAGUAUGAUUAAUAACACUUUUUAAUUCUUCAUAAAUUGUGGAUCAUGAGCAUGAAUGUUUCAUUGUGCUAUCCCUGCCAUCUGUUGCUGGCAGGUCUUUUAACUGUGGGGCCAUAACAGUAAAGCCUGAUACGGUUUCAACCAUAUUCAUAUCCAGCAGCAACCCCUAGAUUGUAGCCAGCUGAGAUCUGUAUUUUUAUUCUUCUUUGUCAUAUAAGUAGUACUGAGAUUGGUGUUCAGCUUUUUUCCAGGUGUUAUGAUAACUUGUUAGAGAAACUGCUCUAUUUUAAUUUUUAAUUAAAUCAAUGCUGGCUUUUCACCUAGAUGAAUAGGGAUAACGACCCUAACUGCAAUGGAGCCUAAACAUUUUCUUCAGUGGUUUUGCCUUAUACACUUGAAAACCAGCAAAAUUUUUAAACUACAGUGAUGUUGUCUAAAAUUAGGUUGGACUAGUAAAGUACACUAAUGCAAUUUCUAUUGAUGUCCCAAUAAUAGUUCCCAACUUCUUUUCAGUACACCUUAAAGAUUCUACUAAAGAUUUCCCUAAAAUUUACUGUUGAAAACACGUCAUUUUUGCUAUUAUAGUGUAUAAAAUUAGUAAUUACAAAUGUAAAGCUCCAUAAAAGUCAAAUGAUAUGAAAAACAUUCUUCUUACUGCUAUUUUUGACAGUAUAUGUAAUGAGAGGACAUUUUUGUUUGCACUUUUAGAAAAAAGUAAGUGCAUUUAUGUACUAGUACUGUUUAUAAAUAGCAGAGGAAAUCUGUCAUCAUUCACCAAUCUUUACUUGAAAAGAAAUUCUGGUGUUUUGAUGCAGUAUAAUCUGUACACUUAGAAAUAACAAUUUUGUGCUUGACUUGUUUGCAAGUUUUGCUUGAUAAGGCAGAGGAAAAAAUAUGUAAUGUCAAAACAGUCCAUUGCAAUUUUUAUCAUUAAGCAAAUUAGGCCUAUAUUUAAAUAAGUCUUUUCUAUUGACUGUUGGUUAAGUGACCAAUGGUAUAUUUAUUAUUCUGCAUUAAUAAUCUAAGACACAAUGCACCCAAUCUAGAAUGAUUUUUGUUAUUCUACUAGAUGUAUAACUUGUAUUUAGUUUGGUUGUUGAGGAGCUUGAAAAUAGAAAACUGGGUGACAACUUUCAUUCACUUUGUUUUAAAAUCUCUCUGAAGUGGGAAUAUGAGAUCUCAGAGCAAAAGCUGUGCCGUUUUGAAUAACAUCCACCAGAAUCCUUUUUGUUGUUAUUGGUGUGCAUUGUUAGAAUUUGGUUUUGAUCGGAUGAGAGAUUUGUGAUAUUUAUAAUCUGUCCUGCCGUGGUGGAAUUCAUUCAAUAUGAAAUGUCCCCACAGUGCAAUAGUUGUAAUGUAGGCACUAUCACUACUUUUCAGAAUCCGAGGCCUGAAUGAUUGUGAGUGCUACAUAAAUUGGGGUAACUUUAUUUCACCUCUUUAAUUUGUAUAGAAUAAUAAUAAGAAAGAAAAAGAAAUGUUUCUCAGGAUUAGUUCUUAGAUUUACUAACCCUCUGUGGUGGAAAAUAUAAAAGUAGGACCUAUAUUUGAUCUAGCAAGCACUUAAUUAAGAUAAAAUUGCUUUUUGUAAUAUCAGUUAAAUAUUAUAAUUUUUAAAGCAUUCCAUAUUUAUUUUAAUAUUGAUUCAAUCUUAAUUUAAUUUCAGGUUUAGUAUCUAAUGUACUGUAUUAAUGGGAAUAUUCUUGCCAAACCUUCACAAUAAUCAGAUUAACUGUUACUCAGGAAAUAUAUAUUUAAUAUUUAGUUUUGUUGGGUUGUAUGUGCAAAGUAUUUUCCACAAAUCUAACUAUGUACAGUACUAGGUUACCAAAGCUAUUUUUGUUUAACUGAUUUAUUUCUAGAAUUCUGGAAAACAUUUUGUGAUGUAGAGCUAGUGAUAUGCUGGUCUUCAUACAUGGGCUUAGACAAUCAAAAGUCUUGCAUCUUAAAGCUUUGUGAAUUUAGAGAAGGAUUAAGAUAUUUAUACAACUAUUAAUAUAGGUCAAAAAUUAUAAUUUUUUUCAUUCAUAUGACACUACACUGUUGUCAAUUUAAUGCUUUUAACAAAAUUUACCAUGUGAUCUUGUUUUUUGUAAAAUGGUGUUAUAAAACCAGGUAGUAUUUCAUAGUUGUUUGUAUUUGGGAAGAUUACCUCAGGGAGGAAUCUCUUUGGGACUAUGUUAUCUGUCAGAAAUUAUACUAGAAGGCAAAGUAGUAGCAUCAAGAAACAUAUGAGUUUUGCAUAAGCAUAAAAUUAUAUUAAAAAGGCAGCAUUGAUAAUCUUUGGUUUUAAUUCUAGCCAUAAGCAACAAGUAUACAAGUAAAUUGUUCAAGAAGCAAGUCUUGAAUUUCAUCUUAUGUGCAACUAGAUCGUGUAAUUUAAUGUAACAGUUUAAAAAUUUUCUGUACAAAGUACAUUUUUUAUAACUUUAUUUCCUAAGCAAUACAUAUACAUAACAUUAUUGACCUUUGAUUCUAAAUAUAUUUAAUUAAACCAGAUGAAAUCAUUUCAAAGCAUAAACAAUUUUAAAUGUAUAAGCAAAUCAUGGUUUUUGCUAAGCUUCCUUUCACAACAAAGAGCAUAGAGCGAUUUAGAUCUGUUUGUGAGCAGAUUAGGUCUAACAAGUCAGAAAGACUCAUGAUUUGUUUAAGACUUCAUAUCAACACCGAUUAAUGUAAGUGAAUUAUAGUCAAAUGUUAUGGAUAAUAGACAAUGUCUCCAAGUGCUCAUCCAGUUAUCUCUUAAAUGUGAUGAGGAUUUCUUCCUCCACUAUAUUUUAGGGAAUGAAUACACCCGUAAAAUUCACCAAUGAAGUUUUCCUCAGCUCCCCUGUAAUCUUUCAAAGCUAGAUGUUGCCUUUCCAUAUGAUUUUAAAAAAAUGCUCCAUGCUUUUGCUUGCUUAGGCUGUUAUAAGUUUAUAUGUGUCAAUUAAAUCUCACUUGGGCUCCUUUCUUCCAAAGGUAAUAUCUGAUAGUCUCUAGAGUGAUUAACCUCUGCCCUGGGAACUUCCACUGCACUUCCUCCAGUGUUAUGUACUUCUGGAAGUGUGGUGACUAUGAAGUACUUUGCAUAUAACUUAAGAGUUUAUACAGUUCCAGUAUAACCCUCAUUUUGCAUUCAAUGGUAAAUGAAAUUACUAAAAUGCUGUCUUAAGCAAUUUGUUUACUUGAUUUGCUGCUUCUAGUGACUUGUCUACUUCCACUUAUCCUGUGUCUUAGUACUAACCAUUUGUUCCAUCUAUCUUUGAUGUUUCUUUAUCCAAAUACUUUAUUUCUUGCUUCUCUAAUUCCACAUACUUUCUGAUCAGUCCUGUUGCAAAGAACUUUAUUGCUCUAUUCGUCAACAUGGUUUUAAUCAAUGCCUUGCAGUGAAAUCCAAGUCCUUAAGAAGUUUUAACUGAACUUCCUUUUUAAUCUUAAUCUCUUUAUUGUUAACUAUUAAAUCUGAUUGGUACAUUGAACAUCUUAUUUUUGCCUCCAUUCAUUGAUCAAUUGAUAUAAAAACUGUUUUGUACAUUCAAUGUUAUGUAGAACUCCACUAAGUGGAGUAUUUAUAUUGAUUUAUUUUUGACAAAGGAAAAUGUAACAUAAUAAUUUCAGUUAAUAAUUUAGAAAAUAGUGAAUAUUAAGUUUUCUUUCUAAUUGGAACGCAAUUACACUGUGCACAUUUUGAUUUUUAGUUAAACCUCCAAAUUGUUUAUACACUCAAUUCUCAUCUUAAGUGUGGUUGUAAUAGCAAUGCUCAUGCAGAAAGUAAUUACAAUUCAAAUUUCUGAUGUAUAAGAAAGCCAUAGGUUUUAUGUAUAUCGUCAGUCUCAGAGAAUUUUUUUUUGUUUAAUUAGGUUUGUUAUCUCCAAAUGAGAACUUUCUCCUAAAUCCUUACUGAAAGCUUUUCUAAUAAUUGCAUUAGUACUGCAAAUUAAAGACUACAUUCAUAUUUACCAAUUUAAUUACAAACAGGAAUUUAUUUUCCUUAAUGCACCAGUUUUAAUUGUGAAUGUAACUAUUUUACGAUUAUUUAGAGAAAAAAUACAUUUCUAAAUUCAAAACCUAGAGCUCUCAAAUUCAAUUUUCAUUGAACAUUUCUAGGAAUAUAUUUAUCACUUACAAAUAAGCAAAUACAUUUAUCAUUCUGGUUAAUCUGAUUCGCAUAUGAAACUGGACAACUAUUUUCAAAUUUUGAAAAGAAUUUGAAUUUAAAAAGAAUUUCUAAAUCCACAGAAAUCAUUGCUGCCUUCAAUAAUCUAGAAUACAACAUGCCUUUGUAUAAUAGGUUUACAAUUCUCAUUUUUGGUAUAAAUUUUAUGGGAAUAGUUUGCUACAGAUUUUAAUGAAGCAUUAAAGCUGCACAUAAAUAUUUCAAUGUGCAACAAAGUAACUUACAUAAUGAAGGGAAUAAAAGAUGAUUUGCUCAAACAUUUUUGAAAUUUUAGAUUUUGUUUACACAAAUUUAUUUUUGUAGCCAUAUUGGAUUGUGCUUUAUUAAUGAAUGUAUUGGGUAUUGUAGAUCAUUUUUGGGUUAUCUGUAUUUGUUAAUUUGUAUUCAUGGCGUGUGUAAUCCUGAAUAAUUUUGUUGUGCAUUUUAAAUAAGUUAAUGUGCCUUUUACUGAUUAUAUACUGAUUAUGUUUAAUGUCACACUGUUAAUUCCUUGGAUUCAGUAGCUUUAUAAAUACUCAUUACUGAUUGAUAAAUUUGUUAGUUUCUGCCAACUAUAUACAGAAAAUCAUAGUUAUAUAACAUAUAAUGCAUAGCUAACAGUGUAGCAUGUUCAUUUUCUUAAGUGUAUUUGUAGCAGUCUGGUUAAAUAAAAGGCAUGAGACACUGUUGCUUAAUGGUACUCUUGUAAAAAAUCAAUCAAAAUUAAUUGAUUGGUAUGUAAUGGCAUGGAAUGUAACUUAUGCAAUAACCUACAUUAUUGUAUUCUCAUCCAAUGAAGAGUUUAUUGUUCAUGAUAUCAUUAACUUGGAUCAUUGUGAGUUUGCUAACAACUUUUAGCUAAUAGCUUUUAGGUGCUGGAAAGUCAGGAGGCACUUAUAUAUACCUUUACAUUUCUUAGAUAGAACUGUGAAUUAAAUUUUAUGAUGAAGAGUUAGCUCGCAACACCUUUUGACCCAAAGUUGGAAACUUACAAGCAUUUGUGGUACUUGUGUAUUUUCCCAGAUUUUUAAAAAAAAAUUACUAUGUUUAAUCAUGUCCUUUGCCUUGAUCAGCAACAUUAGAUUUUAAUUUCCAGUAAACUUGUCUAAGCUGAAUGUUAGAUGUUUGCCUCAAGUAAUACAUGUUAUACACGUAUAGGGGGAACAAAUAAUUUUAAUGUUUUGCAUAAGCAGAGGGGAACAAUUUUCAUAAACAAAAUAACUUAAGCUUUGGAUAGUCUUUUUCUCUGCACUUUCCCUGGGUGAUAUCAUCUAGCCAAUUGAACAAUUCAUUUUUUAAAGAAUAUUUUUAAUUUAAAUUGUAUGUUUAGCCAAGGGACAACUGGAAAUAAGCAUGUUUCUAAAUCACUGGAUUUCUGAAAUACCUUUAUGAAUUUUAUAUAAUAUAAAUUCCUUCAGUUUCUUAAUAUAGGAGCUUACACUGAAUUUUAAGUUCAAUGUGCAGUCAUAAACUUCUCCAAUGAGGGUAAAGUGUUGGAAAAAUUGUUCAUGAUACUAAUAUACCUUGAGCGACAAAUGUUCUCUAGAAUAUUGCCACUGUUUAUGGCAAAUAAUGGGGUAAAGUAUAUUCGUUGAUGCUUUAUAAUUAUUAUGGGAAAAGAUAAUAUUUUUGACCUGGUUUAGAAUCUUGUGGUUGGGUUACUCUCUGGUGAUGAUGUACAAAGUGUGUACUUAUUUUACAAGAAAGGGCAAAAUCUUGAUCUCAAACUUUUGGAGAAGUCAGCAGUACACUUUAUGUAGACCAGUAAAAAAGUUUUGUUAAUGAAUGUUGUUUAAUUAUAACUGUCCUGUCUUUGUGAAUUACUUAAAAAUGUUCUUUUGUUACAAAUGUUUCCGAAUUCAGUCUUGCUAACCAAUCAAAUUAUUGUUAAUGGCAGUCAGCCGUGGCUUUUGAGUGCUGAAUUAUUUUAGUUACAGUUUAUAUAUUUAGAGCGUGUAGCAGCUUUGAACCUCUGUUUAUAAACAAAAGGUUGAAAAUUAGCACAUUACUGGAAAGAAAUAAAAAAUUGAAAUAGU